UCCAUAAUUAAAUGUGGAUUAAACGUAUCACUGGUAACAAAAGUAUUUUUGCUGGGAAUACCUUGAUGUCAGCAUUAAUGAUAAUUGUAUUUAAGUAUGCAGGGACUGCUUCUACUUCGCAUAAUCUAGCACCCCGCAUACGACCUCAAUCUGUAAUUUAAACCCACCCAUCCGUAGUGAACAGACAAAACACCGCUAUCGCCUUACCGCAUAUUGACUAAGCCUAUUACACUCACAAGCUUCAGAACUCACCUAAAGUAAACGUAGUGUUAGUUCUGCUACCCUUCGUGUAGUUUACACACACACACGACCACAUGAAUAUACGUACCCGGAAUUCUUAACCCGUUUGCUAUAACUUAGUAGGUGAAGCGAGACAUAUCGCCAUGUUUAUUCCGUUGACACACUUCGACACCGAGUUGCUUCAAUAUGGACCCAUGCUUCAAAGAGUGAACAAUAAUAGAUAGUGAUAAAUAAGAUAUAAGUUAUUUCCAGAACCAUCGGUUAUGCGGGUAGUCGGUAAACUAUUGUGCUAAGGUGAUAUUGGAAAGACAGUGUGUUUGAUACUUCCGGUUUGUUUAUUUCAUGGGAAAGAUUCUCCGUGGUGAAUUCAAUAUAUUCCCAAGAAGUAGGUGUGUCGGAUUAUUCUGUGACGUUAAAAAAUAGGUAUGACAACAUGAUUACAAAAAUAACCAUAUCUAAGGUAGGGGAUACUGAGAUGAACUAUGCUUGAUGCUGCUGAAGACAUAUGUGUUAAUAGUAAUGACAAGCUUGUUAUUUUAGCUGGGUGCUUACCUCAACACAUUUAAAAUUUAACUACAUAUACUGCAGAAAUGACAUCUGUAGCGGUACGUCACCAUCCUUGGUCGACUUCGAGCGCCAGCAGUGUUUGCAGCGUGUCUGAUGAGGACAUUAAAAAGGUAGAGGACUUUGACGAAAUUUUCGACUUAUCCGAACUAAUGGGGGUCGAUUUAGGAGGCCUAGACGAAAUCGAGGAUAUGAAGGAGAGGCUUCAAAUGCACUUGAGAAAGAACGAAAAUGGCGAUAUCAAAGCAGUUAUCACAGAUGCCAUGGUUGACACACACAAAGAUGACAGUCAAAAGAGGGAGAAGAUACGACAGAUCCUAGGUGACUGUCGAAGAACUCUGGCAGCAUUUGAUCGUGCCGAAAAGCCUGGCCAAAAAGGCAAGCGGGGGAGUCAGGCCAUCGAAGAUUUGCUGAAGACAGAGGGCGCUGCCAAAGGAUUCGAAAUAGAUUUCAAAGAACAGAUCAGUUCUAUACAGAAAGGCGAAUGCGUGAUUGUCGUAUCAGGUGAAACAUCAGCUGGAAAAUCGAGCGUGCUUAACCUUUUGUUUGAAAAAGAGGUGCUUCCGGUUCAUCACAACAGCUGUACUUCCGUUAUCACGAGAAUAUCGUAUGGUGAAGAGUAUAGGUCGACAGUCAUUAUGAACUCCGGAGAAGUGAAGACUUUCACUGACCCCGAUCGCAUCAAAGAAGACCUAUGGAAAAUGAUAUAUGUAAAAGACGAAGCCGGACGGGACAUGGUUUCCGAGAUCCAAGAAGUCAAUAUGAAAAUACCUGCAGCUAUUCUAAAGUGUGGAAUUGUUUUUGUGGACUCGCCCGGAAUAGGCGAAAACGAGGCCAUGGACAGCGUCAUUGCUAAUUACGUAGAAGAGAAUGAAAUCAUGGGAUUUAUGUACGUUAUCAAGUCCGACAACUCUGGGGGUGUGGAGGAGGACAGGCUAAUCAGCCUGGUUAAGCUCAUAUUGGAAAAACAGAACAAAAAAGCCGAAGAAGGGAUGAUGCCCUUUAACCCUCAGAGCGCCAUCUUUGUUUGUAACCGGUGGGACCUUGUAUCCAGGGAUCAGUCUGGAAUGGUGUACGCCAAUGCUGUAUCGUUACUACAGGACUGCUGGCCAGGACUGCAAGAGGAACAGGUUAUUCGCUUCUCGACCUUUCGUGCCGAGAUGGAACAGAAACUAGACAAGGAAUACAUCACUAAUGAGUACAAAGCACUGCUAAACAGCAUCCGGGAAAUCUACACGAAGGCCGCACACAGGCGAAUCGAGUCGACCUACAGGUGGAUCGAAAGAGUAUUAGCCCGAAGUGUCCAUCACCUUAAGACGAUGGUCAAGCGCCUGGACUCGACCGAUAAAUCCAUGGAAAAAGAGAUGACACAUACUUACGAAAAGUUGAAACAUCUGAAACAAAACUCUAGUGCUGUACUUGCCGAAUUGAAUACGAAAGUACAGGAGAAAUACACCAUGCUCUGUGAUGAGUUCCGAACUGAAUUUAUAAAACCCGGAACAAGGGUUGCAUUGACACAAUGGAUAAAGUCCGAGACCCCGGAAGUCGAGAAUGGUCAAACCUGGGUCGACAUUAAGGAGGCGAUCAACAUCAGGAUAUCCAAAAGAAUAAGUGACGAGAUGAUCCGGUGGGAAAAAGAGACGGGACAUUUCCAGUCCAUAGAGGAUAUGGUCGUUAAUGACAUAAAGCUCCAACUGAGAUUUCUCCAAGACGAGGUGGAAAAAAUUGAAAAUGAAAUCCAAAACAACGGACCAACAACACCGGACAUAGUAUAUACAGGGCGCAGGCGCCUAACGUUGGGAAACCCCCAACAAAUGGUGAAGGUCGUCUUAGACAGUAAGACACAAGAUAUUCAAAUGCCUGUAAGACUUGCGUCACAGAUGACUCCGCCGGUCACUUCCUUCAUGAAGAAAGUAAGACAAUCUAUGCUUUGGGAUCAAUCUGAGAAAAAACUACAAAUUUACAAAGACGACCCUUGUAAAGUGGUGAAAGGUCGAGCUGAGAAAUUACUCAAUCUCUUGUUGAGCCACGGAAAAAACGACGACAUACUUUUUCAGUAUAUCAGUAGCUGGAUGAAUCGCCCAGUCCUGUAUCUCGAACUAAUCGAGAAAAACAUUCCCGCGCUCAUUGAUGCAAAUGAGCAACUUCUGGAUCACGUGGCUGUGUGCCGCGUAGAUGCCAAGGAAUCACGCGCGCUGUACGAGGAAAUGAUGGAAGGACUGGAUAUGUUGAAGGUCCAUCUGACACAAUACGGCCAGGGGCAUAUAUUUGUGGACGAUUUCGUGAAUGACCAAAUACAUAUUCAACAGGACAUUCGUCUCGGAAUCACGGCAAGCUUGAAGGUUUCUGACAUGAUACUGAAUAGUUCUUCUUACCGAGAAGUGAACAGUUUCCACCACAGAAGAGCGUUACCCCGAGGACUUUGGACGGCUCUACAGAGUGCCUUCCUGAAGAGAGAUGGUCAAGACCAAUCAGUGACCAUCAAGAUCUACCUACAGUCGGCUGGAAUUGAACAAACCUUCCCAGAGGUUUCUAAACUUAGGUUUUUGGACCACGAGUCAGUGGCGAGGUUUUUGGGCAUUCAUCACUCCGACUCGCCCUCCCCAGCCUUUGUGUAUGACUACCACCUGAAGUCUGUGAAGCGUUAUCUAAGAUCGACACUGGCCAACAUCAAACAGGAAACGGAGAGAAUAGUCUCCCAAACUGCUUCCGGUCUAGAAUACCUCCACCGAAAAAACUUGGUACACAUGGAACUCAACACUCAAACAAUCACGGUUGACCCGGACGGUAUGGUGAAACUGACCGGUGGUUGCCUGCCCCGUCUUGCGUCAUUUCCGCUGGACAAGGAGAAGGUGGAAGUCGGUGACUUUAUGUAUCUGUCACCCUCGGUACUGAAAGGCGAACUCUAUAUUUCCGUGUCCGAUGUGUACGCAUUCGGACUCUUCCUGUUGGAGGUUGUGGUGGGUUUAACUGCAUACGACAAGUUCCGAAAGUUACCCCUGGACAAGUUCACAGCGAUGGUCGAUCCGCCGGUUAUGUUAGAUCUAGAAAAUGCGCUAUCUAACCUCUCCGAUACAACCAAGGACAUUAUCUGUCGAUGCGUGGCUACUUCAAAUGAUGACCGGCCCAACAUGUCCGAGCUCACCGGCCUCGUGACUUCUUUAGGAAAGGAUGUAAAAGUGGGUCCCGUCAAAUCGAGACGUCACAGAGCACCUGUAAACAGAACUAAACGAGGGUCAGCAGACACGACAAUGUCCUGAUAGGGUAUUGCGCAUGAUCAAAUGUCUUUCAUUUUCGGGGAAAAAAGAAUGUGUUCUUUAUAGAAUUGUUGUUAGAUCUUAGGUUUUACUAAGAAGCAUGUUGUGUUUAUUGGAUGCUAUCAAAAACUAUUUUCACAAAGACUCAACCAUUCAGUAAUCGACGCAUUAAACACUCGAUAAGAUAUAUUAUAUAUAUUUUUGUAAAAACGUUCGAAUUCCUCAGUGAACAGGUAUUGGCACUGGACUUCAGUGUAAUGAAGAAUUUUGCGAAAUAUAUUCGGAGGGGAAUUCCUAUAUUGGCAAGUAGAAUGUGAUGCGUUGUGUUCAUAUAUGCAGAAUUAAAACACGAGCUCACGUUUACUUAAAGGUAGUGGAGGCUAUUUCAAGUGUUAUCGGCUAUCAUCAUGUAUCAUUUAACUAGUGCUUGUUAUAUGUGUACAACAUUCGUAAUAUCAACAACGUAGGCAUAGAGGGGUAUCUGAGAACUGUUUUGGCUGCCCUGAGUGGAACCCUUCUUCACACCUAUACCUGAUGCCUUGGUACCGUUAACUUCAGGCAUCAAGCUGCUGUUUUACUUGAUACAAAUAUGUCGGCCUUCAGGUUUUUUGCAAUUUGCCGCAAUAUUGUUCAAUAUUGUCAAUUUGACGCUUGGAAUGUCGCUUCAAAAAACACUGUGAAUAGCUUUGAAUCAAUAGUUCAAGUGACUUAGAUUGUCAGAGUGCUGUCCCGAAAACAUUCAUCCAGGCUCAUAUCAGUGUAUAAAACCUGUAUUGGACGUGAUGAUAUUUUCCUCAAGAACAAAACAGUGGAAAGUAGUUUGGUAAUCAUGUGUCAAUAAUAAUGUAUACUAUAAUAAUUGAAGAAACUGUUUAUCGAAAAUAUUGUUAUUUGGGGCUGAAAAGAGUAAUUUAAACACAGACGUUUUGUGCACACACACUGCCUUGUAUUAUACAAUUAAUAAGUAACAUGCCUGUUCAUGUGCCCCUAAAACAUCCAUGCACUCAUCAUUAUCGAGAAAACUGUCAGACAAUAUGGUUUAACAAUCAUGCCGAUAUACUCGCUACCCGGUAAUAUAUAAUACUAGAUGGCACACAUGUUGCUACCUCCUCAUUGGUUGGAUCAUAACCACGUGGAGGUCGGUGAUUUGUGAUACUGACCGGGUGUUACUAUUUUUAGGAACAGCAGGUUAACAAUUCACUUGAUGACGUCAUUUUAAUUAUAACGUCACAAACGUUCAAAAGCAUCUAUCAUUCCUCUUGACAAUUUCCAUACGUUCCAUCUCGUUACAUGAUUUAAACAUCAUUUAACAUCUAAUAUAAAAAUGAAGGGCUUUUAUUACGGUGAAUACGUGGUUACAUUGACCGGAAAUAAGUGAUAUUAACCUAAACUUCAUUUCGGUUAAUAUCACUUUCUCAGGUCAAUAUAACCACAUAUUCACCUCGUUCAAUAUCAGGAUUAUAUAACCACAUUUUCUCACAAAAAAAAAUCCAUAACUGAUCAAUGUUUCAUGAAGCCAGUUAUGUAACGGCAUGACUUUAAUAUUAUACGUGCAAUUCCUUUAUGAGAUAAUUAUUAAUGCUGUUGCUCGAUACUGUGAUUGUGUACUUAAAACACACAAAUAGAUGAUCCAUUAAUCAAGAUGGCUUUACCAUAGUCAAAUGCAUGACAGGAAUGCCGUACAAAAGACUGAGACAUAUCAAACCAACUUUCUUUACACAAUAUCAUUAUAAUGACAGAAGCAUUAAAUUUGUAAAAUUAAUAAUUAAUAAAAUGUUGAUUUGAAAGAAUAGAGGACCAUUUUUUAUUCGGGCUUUCACCGAAUUGUUCUUUCUUCCUCUGUUUCUUUCCAUUUCUACACGAUACAUGUUUUGUUUUAUCAGAAUAGCAUUCAUUGACGCGUUCGUUUGAACAUUUAAUAUGUAACAAAGUUUGUUGUUUAGCUCUGAGUGGGUUAAAUCUACGUUAAAGAAGUUUUGCUGACGUCAUCUUGACUUUAAUCUUAAGCGGGAUAUUUAAUUGUUUUGCACAGAAUGUCACCAAUCUUUGCCAAUCCUUAUGCUUGCCCUUCCAGAACGAUUAACGCCACUUCACUGAUAUAGCUGUUUUUAUUCUAUUUGAUUUUUAUGUUUCUAACUCAGAGGAGAAAUCUUUAACUUUUACAAAAAAAAGGAAAUAAACAAGUAAGUAAAUAAAGAAUAACAUUUUAUGAAUCCAUGCAUAAUAUAAAGGGAUCUUACGUUGAACAGUUACUGCAAUGACUAAAUGUUUUGCGAACACUUAUUUUCGUUGGGAUAUGUGAUUCACAAACAAUAACAAUCGUACAAAAUACUUCAUGUAAUAGAAUGUCGGUUUGUUGAUAAAUAGCCACAAGAUAUUAAAAACCUGCAAUCGACUCUUAUCGCUAACUUACCCAUUGGGAUUGCAAGACAAAUGUAAAAAACACUAUAUACACUAACAUAUACACCGACAUUCAAAUACGGGAUAAAUAUUCAUAAAAUAUUUUAAUGAAUUCGCGACCGACUCUUCUCGACAACUUAACCCGAAAAUAGAUCAGAUGAAACAUGAAUUUAUAGCCACAGAAUAUGUAUGUUACUUCUGUUAAAAGGUAAACUUGUGACACGAUGAAAUUUGAUUCACCAGUUAGCCUCGCUGGCGUUAAAAUAACGUCAUUUAGGUGAUUUAAAAUGUAUCAUUUUUCACACAGCAUGUGAAAUUGGGCCAAUUUGAAAAUAGGCAUACCAAUUUAAAGAAGCAACUACGUGUGACAAAUCUUCAUAUAAGCGUAAACUUUAUGGCUAUUUAACAACAAAUAUACUGAAAGAAAGUGUAUCUUUCCUCUAUAAUGGUCACAUAAAAUUAAAGGAUUGUUCAAUAAUGU